AUGGGUUCCCGCUCUUCCGCAUCUCAUCACCUGACCACUCUAAGCGAAAAUGGCGACGCCCAACAGCUGUUCACAGCUCUUGAAUGGCCGUCUCUCGCUCAAGUCGGGCUGCAAACCGAAAGCGUGCUCAUCGAUGCGCAGGUCGGUGUAGUGAGACAGGAAUCGAACCUACACCAAAUUGUACAACUGCUGCUCGAAUUCGGCCAAACACACGACGUCGCAUCGAAGGAGAUGGUGAUAAUGGAUACUAUGGACGCGGCCCUCCAUGAAAAGCCACUGGAAGUCUUGUUGAAGUUCCGAGCCGUGGACCCAAACGUCUUUUCUCAUCCACUGCACCUUGGGUCGGACAUCCUGCAAAUUGCCUGCCGCGGAGGCCCCGAUCGAGACGACGCUCCUCGCGGGAAGCGGCUCAACUUCGUGCAAUACCUCUUGGAGGUCGAAGGGCGCGACCCCAACACGCCAAAUGCAAGGCCAGGAUCGCGAAGACACAGACCAGGAAAGCUGCUGUACACAGCGUGCUGGAAAGCAAGUCUCGAGAUCGUGGAGAGUUUACUUGCAUACGGUGCUAUUGUUAAGGGACCCGGGGCCAUGCCUUCAGCGAGCUACCACGUGAAAAUUGACGUACUUGAUUUGUUAAAGUAUGACGUAGAGGUGAAUGAGCUGCUGAACAAGAGGCGGUCGAUGGGCCGUCUGGCACGCCGCUACAUGUUGCCGCUGCUGCAGGAAGGGAGGACGUGUACAAGUGGUUGGUGA